AAUCCCUGGGAAAAAAAAAAAAAUAAAAAAUAAAAAAUAAAAAUCCGGGAGGAGAAGUUCGGGAAAGGCUCCGGAUGCCUCUUUCCUGGGAGUGAUCCCACGGCAAAUCCUUCCCAUCCCGAGCAUCCAGGAGAAGCAGGCCAGCGCCAUGUCCCACCCCAGGCUGCUGCUGCUCCUCGUCCUGCUGGCAGCCGCCGGCGCCGGCCGCGCCCUCAGCCUGUCCAGCGCCGCCUCCAUCCUCAGCUGCCUGCAGGCCGCCCUCUCGGAGCCACGGCGGAUCCUUCCCGAGGACAACUCCGUCCUGGACAAGCGCGGCUCCGCGUCCCCAUCCAUGGAGGAGGCGCCCGAGGAGGACGCGGAGGAGGAGGAGGAGGAGGAGCUGGGGAAAAGGACAUUCCCGGGGGACGGCCACCACAAAUACGCGUCCCAGGCGCAGGGCAAGGGCAAGGGCCAGCAGAACCGGGCCAAGAGCGACCGGCGCACCAAGGUGACGCUGUCCCUCGACGUCCCCACCAACAUCAUGAACAUCCUCUUCAACAUCGCCAAGGCCAAGAACUUGCGGGCCAAGGCGGCGGCCAACGCGCACCUGAUGGCGCAGAUCGGCCGCCGGAAGUGACUGGGGGCCACCCGAGGGGACAGAUGGCCGGCCGUGACAUCGGCCUGGGCUGGUUGUGACCCAUCGAGCGACCCCUCAUCCGUGUUCCUCCUCCUCCUCCUCCUCCUCCUCCUGCUCUCCCCCGCCGUUCCUUCCGGAGGUUUCCACGCGCAGGGAAGAGGUUCCUGUCCCCAGCAGGGCGCAGGGGACGCGUCACCGGGAGGGUUCCUGAUUAAA